CGUUACUCUUGUGAACUAUCUAGGAUUAAGUGAGAUCGAGAUAAAUAUUUAAAACAAUAUUAUUUAUUUAAAAAUUUAAAUAAAGUUCUGACAAAAUGCGUUCAAUUCUUUCAUUGGUUGUCAUUGCCUCAUUGGUAGUUGCUAGCUCAGCUCUUUUCACGGGAUUGGGAACUGGAUAUGGAAAUUAUGGCGGAUACGGAGGCUAUCCAGGCUAUGGAGGUUACGGAGGAUAUGGCAGCGGAUAUGGUGGCUAUGGAGGCUACGGAAAAUAUCCUUACGGAGGCUAUGGCGGAGGUAUUCCUCCCUAUGGACCUUAUGGCGGCGCUAUUCCGCCAGUUGGCGGUUUUCCAGGUUAUGGAAGCUUAGGUUACAAUGGUUACGGAUACGGAUAUAAUCGUCCUGGAUAUGGAAACUAUGGAGGUUAUAAUUCCAUUGGAUAUCCUCUUGGAGGAGGAUAUGGAGGAUAUCCCGGAGCCUAUGGCGGUCUCGGAGGCUUAGGCGGAGGCUAUGGAGGUUAUGGAGCUGGUUACGGAGGCUAUGGAGGAUACGGAAACUACGUCAGACCUGUAGCUGGAAUCGGUUACAACAAUGUCGUCAAGAAAAAGUAAAGAAAUCCUCAAGUAGCUUAAGUUUGUGUGAUACCAAAAAAACGAAGUAAAAUGGGAAAAUAUUACGAUUUGUAAAGUUAUUUGUUAAGAAAAAAAAAGUUAAGAGAGAAAACCAUCACAACUAUCAGCAUUUAAUGACAUUCUCGAAGGCGAAUAAUAAAUUAUAUUGUUUU